UUCUUCGCCACUUCUCUCCCAGCAUCAUGAAAAUCUUCUGCUGCUGCUGAUCUCUCCACUCCCUUUUAAAAUCACCAAACGUAUCUGGAUUGUGCGAGAAGCGUAAGUGAGGAAACAUGGGUUGGAUAUGGAAGGAGGACGACGAUGAUAGUGAAAUCGACGAAAUCGAAGUUUGAAAUCAUAGAGCCUGGUAAAUUCGUAAAAAAAAGAGCUAGAAAACUGAACAACUUCUUUUAGACUGUGUUGGAAGGUUAGUAUUCGCUGUAAUAUCGUUUCAGUUUCGUUUUUUGCUUUUAGUUUAUUGAUGAACGUGAUUCUUGUAUUGACUUGGCAUAUGUUUCCGUUUCGUUCGAUUGGAUGUGAGAAAGCUCCAAUUUUAUUGCCUUUUAUCUGUAUAUAUGAAUUGAUUGAGUUCUUGAAGCUGAUUUUCGUGCUGUUUAUAUAGGCAAUUUAACCAAAAUUGUGAAAUUUAAUUGAUGUAGUUUAUUUGAUGAUUGGUGUAAGGUCGAUUGAUCAAAUAUGGAUAAAGAUAGAGGUGUGGAAUGGUAACAUUUGCUCUUACUAACCUACAAAUCCAAGAGUAGAUGACAUUGACAAUCUACACAUUCUUCUUUUUCUGUUUUAUAAGACACAAACCCUAGCUUAUUCUUAACUUUUAAGCAUUCUGUUCCAUGUAAAUUAUGUUAGAGAUCGAGGGUUCUUGAUUAUAAAAAGACCUGGAUAAAUCAAUUGUUUGCUUUCCAGAACACACUAAGUAUUGGGAUAAUCCAAUGAUUACUCCGAUCUUAAAGGCUGUAAAAUCGAGUAUGUAUACACACACGCAUAUUCCACAUUUUUACAUAUUUAUAUGAGAGAUCGGCAGUUACGGGCAGUUAGAUAAUUAAUAUGUAACUAGUGGAUAAAGUUGAAACACGGAUCAGAGGCUGACUCAGAAGCUCCGAGUCAGAAGCCUUCUCAAUCAGAAGCUUCUGAUUCCAUAUUCAUAUUACUAAGUUUCUGAGUUCUGACAAACUCAAGAAGGAUUCCAACCUUCUGAAUUGCACUUGGAAUGUUUAGAAGUAGGGCCCUUGGAGGAUUAUGCAUACAAAAUUGACUGGAUGACUGUACUUAUAUAAUUCUUUGACAGGGGUUGUCUAGGUGGUUAUUUAACUAGAACUGGGCAUCUUGAAGACGUUGAAAGUAUAAAAUGAUUUUAACAUAUGUUAGCUUGCCAUGUAAUUAUAACCAUACAUGCUUUACAGUUGGUUCUUCUUUUGAUUCUUUUUUCUAUUGUUUAUUACCAUUUUCUGUGUCAAAUUGACUUUCUAAAUUAUGAAGUGUAGGAGGACUUGUAAGAUGGCAAAACAAGCUCAAACAUUAUUUCUUGAAGAAUGGCUUAAAACUAAUAGCGGGGAUAUCAACAAUUCUAACUCUGCACAUUCUACUCCUCAAUCAGCUAGAGCUAUCAUCCAAGCAUGGGCUGAUCUUAGGGAAUCACUCCAACAAAAAUCAUUUACUCAACAACACUACCAAUCUUUACAAACCCUUUUAAAUUCUGGCUUCUCUCUUUAUGUUGCAGAUCCACAAGUUAAACUUGUACUUUCAAUUCUAUCAGAACCAGAAUUAUCUCUACCUUCUGAAUCUUAUCCUCUAUUUCUCAGGCUAUUGUAUAUAUGGGUUAGAAAAUCAUCUAAGCCGUCUCCGGUAUUUAUUAAUUCUUCCAUCGAUGUCCUCUUUCAACUAUUUGAAUCCCAGUCUUUCACCAACAAGAGCUCUUUGUUCUUCACGGAAGGGCUUCUUCUUCUGGGUGCUUUCUCGUUUGUGCCCUCCGUAUCUGAAGAGACAAGAACACGUUGUUUGGAGUUGUUUUGUAAAGUAUUGGAGGAAGAAUACAAGUUGGUUUCUUUGUUUGAUGAUCUUGUUCCCAGUGUACUUGCUGGGAUGGGCUAUGCUCUAUCUUCUUGUGGGAGCAUUCACUUUGUUCGAAUUCUUGAUUCACUUUUCGGAAUUUGGAAUAAAGAGGGCGGGCCUUCUAGUAACGUAUUGCAUGGUCUAAUGGUAUUGCAUCUUGUUGAAUGGGUUCUCUACAAUUGUAUCCAAUCACACUCGUCCGAGAAAAUUAUCAUCUUCUCAAGGGAGAUUUUAGAAGCUCCCAAGAUAGCGUAUGCCUCAUUUUCUGUUGUAAUGGGUGCAGCUGGUGCCAUGAGGGCCUCAAAUAGGUCGAUAUCAAGUGGGCUCAUGCAAUUAAGAAGUUCUGCUCAGCAACGACUUGAAAUCGUUGCAGGUGACUUUAUUUCUAAAAAGGGAAGUUUUACUGAUACAAACAAUGAACGUAAAGAUAGUCUUCUGCUACAAUGUAUAUCAUUGGCUUUAGCCCGAAGUGGUGCUGUUUUCUCUCGGGAUUCUCUUCUUCUAUGCCUUGCUUCAGCGUUAUUGAGUGAAAUCUUCCCUUUAAGGCGCUUUUAUGCAAAGAUUCUUGGAGUUUAUGUCAAUUCUAGUAGUCAGGGGAUUCAUGAAGUUAAAGAACAUCUUCAUAGUGUCAUUUUCAAGGAGGCAGGAGUGAUAACUGGUGUUUUUUGCAAACAAUAUGCCGCGGCCAAUGAAGGUAGUAAGAGUAAGGUCGAGAAUCGUGUAUGGGACUUCUGUCAAGAUGUUUACGUCUUACAUCGCCAGGUGGCUUUGAUGCUUCAAGGCACACAAGAAUUGAUUGAAGAUUUAGAAAAAAUUGCCGAAUCUGCAUUUCUUAUGGUGGUCUUCUUUGCUUUGGAUGUCACUAAACAGAAGUUAGUUCCUAAUAUCCCUAGAGAAAUUCAACUGGAUAUUUCGGUGAAGAUAUUAGUUUCGUUUUCUUGUUUGGAGUAUUUUCGGCGGAUGCGGUUGUCAGAAUAUAUGGAUACAAUUAGGGGGGUUGCUGGAAGUGUUCAAGAAGACGAGGCUGCUUGUGUCUCAUUCGUUAAAUCCAUACCUUCAUAUGGCGACUUGACAAAAGUUCAUGUCUCUUCCAACAAAAUGGAGUUUACGUGGUCUAAAGACGAGAUGCAGACUUCUAGGAUCUUAUUUUAUUUGCGUGUGAUUCCAACUUGUGCAGAACGUAUACCAACUUCAUUGUUCAGAAAGACGGUGUCUCCCAUCUUAUUUUUAUACAUGGGACAUCCAAAUGGGAAAGUGACUCGAGCCUCACAUUCAACAUUUGUGGCUUUCAUCUCUUCCGGGAAAGAUGUCGAUGAUGAAAGAGUUUCAUUGAAGGAGCAACUUGUUUACUAUUACAUGCAGAGAUCUUUAGAGGGAUUUCCUGGUGUAACUCCAUUUGAAGGUAUGGCUUCUGGAGUUGCUGCAUUGGUUCGGUAUCUUCCUGCUGGAAGCCCUUGUAUAUUUUACUGCGUUCAUUGUCUCGUUGAAAAAGCUAGCAGCCUCUGCAGUGAAGUACCAAGAGAGCUUGAUUCGUGGAACGACUUGCACGAUGAGUUAGAGCCUUGUAAGAAACUCCUGGAUUUACUACUUCGACUUCUCUCCCUAGUCGAUAUACAGGUGCUACCAAAUUUGAUGAAACUGUUGGCACAGUUGGUUGUCCAACUUCCUGAAGAUGGCCAAAACAUGGUCCUCAACGACUUGUUUGCGCAAGUUGCGGAUUCAGACGACGUUACAAGGAAACCAGCGCUCGUGUCUUGGGUGCAGUCUUUAUCGUACCUCUCUUCUCAAGCAACAAUCGGUCAAGCAUCCAAGCGGCAUGAAAAAUCUAGUACCAUAUCUUGGAAUAAAGGUAGAUUGGUAGGCUUGAAUAGGAUCUUUGCAAGAAUUUAAAACUUCCCAUCAAAGACCCAACAGACACUAUAUCCCAUUCAAAAAAUAGGGUUUGAAAAGGGAUAAUAUGUGUAUGCAGACCUUUCCUCUGUCACAAGAGACAGUGGUAGAAGAGUCGAAGUGUCUUCUUUUUAUAUCCCAGAUGAAAAAUAUAUCCCAUCCGGAAGUAGGGUUUGAGAGGGCUAAACGUGUAUGCAAACUUUACCUCUGUCUCAAGAGACAAUUAUAAAAGAGUCAAAGUGUCUUCUUAUUAUAUCUUAGAUGGAAAAUAUAUCCCGUCUGGAAGUAAGGUUUAAGAGGGCUACGUUGUAUAUGCAGACUUUACAUCUAUCUGAAGAGACAGACGUAGAAGAGUCGAAGUGUCUUUUUUAUAUCCCAUAUGAAAAAUAUAUCCCAUCUGGAAGUAGGGUUUGAUAAGGCGUUAAAGAUGUGUACGUAGACUUUACCUCUGUAUCAAGGGACCUUGAUGAUAGAUUGAUAUAUAGGGAAAUAUGUUGUAUUUUGUUUUUGAAUCUAUUGCAUAUGUAGUGUAAACAUCAUAUUGAUCUUUUCUGAUAUGGAAU